AUGAGUAACUGCAGCAGUCGCGCCUUGACCCUGCUGUCUAGUGUUUUUGGAGCGUGCGGGCUGCUCCUGGUGGGCAUUGCUGUCAGUACUGACUAUUGGCUGUUCAUGGAGGAAGGGAUUGUAUUUCCGCAAAACCAGACCACGGAAAUAGUCAUGGCACUCCAUGCUGGCCUCUGGAGGGUUUGCUUCUUUGCAGGUCAGAAAAAAGGCAGCUGUGUGGCUUCUGAAUACUUCCUGGAGCCGAGGCCUGACCCUGAUCCUGAAGGGCCCCUUGUUACGGAGAACACGGAAAAUAUCCUCAAGACCAUUCGCACAGCCACCCCCUUUCCCAUGGUCAGCCUCUUCCUCGUCUUCACAGCCUUUGUCAUUAGCAAUAUUGGACAUAUCCGCCCACAAAGAACCAUCCUGGCUUUCGUUUCAGGCAUCUUCUUCAUCCUCUCUGGGCUGUCCCUGGUGGUGGGCCUGGUCCUGUACAUCUCCAGCAUCAAUGACGAAGUGAUGAACCGUCCCAGUGGCUCGGAGCAGUAUUUCCAGUAUCGCUAUGGAUGGUCCUUCGCAUUUGCUGCCUCCUCUUUCUUGCUCAAAGAGGGUGCCGGUGUGAUGUCUGUCUACCUCUUCACCAAACGUUAUGCUGAAGAGGAAAUGUAUCGCCCACAUCCGGCUUUCUACCGUCCGCGCCUGAGCGACUGUUCUGACUACUCGGGUCAGUUCUUGCACCCUGAAGUGUGGCACCGUGGGCGCAGUCCCUCUGACAUCUCCAGCGAUGUUUCCAUCCAGAUGACUCAGAACUACCCACCAGCCAUCAAGUAUCCCGAACAUAUGCACAUAUCAACAUCACCUUGCUAGACCUGCCAUAGAACAUGGUGGAC